CCUGGACCAGCACGAGUAGGAGGAGGAGGAAGAUGACUCCGCGCAAUCGUGCAUUGCUAAUCAACACUUCCACACUAAAAGGAGAAAAGUUAUGUCGUGUGUGACCAUCUAAUGAGGAUGAGGACUAUUUUGCCUGGUUGUGUUUUUCUGUGGGCGAUGUUGCAGCGCGGCAGUUCGCAGCUCGUUGAGUUACCUGACUCAGUAUCGAACUGCUGUGAGGGCGAUAUUCUCAUAUUGCUCGACUCAUCAGGAAGCGUGGCCAACUACGAGUUCUCACGUAUGCUGGGCUUCACCGCCGAGCUUCUUGAGCCCUUCUCGCUAGGCCGCGGCCACGUGAGGGUUGGGCUACUGCAAGUGGGGACCAAGCCAGCCCUGGAGUUUGGCCUAGAUGUCCACAACGAACAGAGAAGUCUACAGAAAGCUCUGCUCGGCAUCACACAGCUGCAGGGGAGCACCAACACCGAGGCGGCGCUACAGGUGGCUAAGCGGCUCCUGGCGGACACCCGUGUGCCGAAGAUUCUGCUCUGGCUGACGGAUGGCGUUGAGCUGGGGAACGUGGACGAGCCCAUAGCGCAGUUGAAGGCGCAAGGGGUUUCUGUGUUAAUUGUAUCCUCCGUGCACGGCGACUUCCAUGUGUUGCAGCGUGUGGUCUCCCCGCCUUUGGAGUCCCACCUUUACUCUGUAGACAUAGACAACAUUGACAUCAUCACGGAACCCAUGAGAGAGGCUAUUAUCAGAAUCAUUCGAGCAGAGCGCCUCCGUGCCAUUCGCGUCACAUCCCACAGUGCUGUACUGCAGUGGCGUCCUGUUUUAAGCACACGAAGUGGCUACUACGAGCUGUGGUAUAGCGCCAGUGGGAAUACACGUGCAGAGGGGAGACGCAUUCUCCCAGGAGAAUCCAGCACGGUGGAGCUGGCCGAAUUGCGACCCGAAACCACCUAUUCCGCCUUCCUCCGGCCUGAGUCCAACAAGAGGCUUUUUAAUACACUCACCGUGAGCUUCACCACGCUUCCCGGCAUUUUAAGCCCAGCAGUGGUCUCAGUGCACGACUCUGGCCCCCGUCAGACACGAGUAAGCUGGGGUCCCCUGCAGCCAGCUCUGGUUCAGAGAUACACCGUGGAGUACGGAGCCAUUCCAAGCGGAGCAGUACACACCGUGAUCGUCGAGAGCCGCCAGAACUCGACUGUGCUCACCGACCUGGAGCCAGGAACGGAGUACCUCGUUACAGUCAGUGCUGUGUACAAGAAUGGAAAAGAAAGAGCCAUGUCUGUGAAAGCAUGCACUCAAGAAGCAGCGGCGACUUUGCCUGCCCUCGCUGACCUUCAGUUGACCUCUGCGACCCAUGACGAGGUGCAGGUAGAAUGGAAGGCCCAGCAGCAGGGCCUGAGAGGAUUCUGGCUCAACUUUGAGAAAAGGGGCACUUAUGACUCCUAUUCCACAUACCUGCCGCCGUCCUCGCACUCAACGCAACUCAUAAAUGUCGCACCGAGCAGCCGUGUGUGCGUGUCCCCCAUCUACGGCUCGGGCCGAGGAGAGGGCAUAUGCUGCUCAACAGAAAAGUAAAUAGGUUAAUGGAGCUGAAUGUCUCUUCAGUUUUUUUUUUUUUGUUUUGUUUUGUUGUUUUGCUUAUUCGUGAAAAUGCAAUAUCCGCCUUCCUGGAUUAACGAGAGAAUGCUGCAAUCUAGCAUCUGGUGAACAUUCUGCAUUUGGAGUGCCGAGGCACAAGAUAACAUGUGCAAGACUGAGUAUUCUUCUUUGUUAAAUAAAUUCCAAGGAGGAAAUUACAACAUGUCCUGACUGUGGCUUGGCAAUAACUAAUAUUGAUUAUUAAACCAACCCUUAAACAUAUGUUUGGAACAUAAUUUCCAUCACACACCUAAUCAAGUUUCAUAUUUACUUAAUACAUGUUUCCACAAACGCAGGCUCAAGUAGUAGACUAACAUGCAUUUUGAACAAUUCAAUUUGAGUGUUUUUUUUUUGUCUUAUCUGAGGUGGAUGUAACCCACGGGGGAAAAAAAGUAUUCAGACGAUUAUUUGAUUUUUAUUAACAGGCUUUGUCAUUGUUUUAAUGGUUUACGCUAAAACAGCAGCUUUCCUGUUUAACACGACAUUUAAGUUGUUGCCUCCCCCAGCCACUGUCAAUCUAACUAACAAGCUCUGCACAAGCAAGCUCAUCCAUCAUACCCUCUAAUAAGCCCAGAACAAAAUAUUUUUAAAGUAUUAUUAUGAUUAUUAUUAUCUUUUCAUGUUUAUUUAUGCUUGUGUUG